GCCUGUCAGCUGAUGGGCGGCUCCACCCUCCUCAACCAGGAAGAGCCACGACCGCCUCUACGGAUAAAUAAACUAGCAUCAGGCGUCCUUUUUUGUUUAAGAAAAAAAAAGUCAUCACGCACAUUCCGCAGACUUUACAGGUGAUGCGCUUGGAUUUCAAUUGGACAAGUGCUGAGCGUAGCCGUCAGCUGCUGUCACCGACACCGGAGGAGUUGUGGAUGUCCAACUCGAAGAAAGGCCGAAUAUUUGAAGAAAGUACUGCGAAUACAUCAGAGAUGUGGGUGGCAAGCUUUUACGUCGAUCGGAUUCCACUCACUUAAGGGAAGAUAACGAACGCACAUGGAUGUAAGGUGCCUUAAGUGGUUUUCCUUCAUGAUGGAAAGGUGGAGCAAGACACAGUUAUCCACGUUAGCCUAGCUCACUAGCCUUAGUUCCUCACCGUUUCAUCCAAUUAGUGGGCUGAGUUGACAACUCAGCCCACUAAUUUAAAAAAACACACACGACAGUUUCAUUGACAUCCUCGCGGCAGCAACGCGGAUAUAUUUGAUUUGCGACAGGUUUUACCAGUGAAGCUUCUUCCCCCCGGCCCUUUUGUCUUUGGGUUGGUUAUGUACUGUAUUUUGCUGCUGCUUUGCUAGAGCUAGCCUGUUAACUAACCAACUAGCUAGCCCCCAGAAGUCGUUAAGUCCCAUCGCAAGUCCCCACCAUUGUUAAUUGGACGGUCAAUCGCGGGACAAAGAUGGCCCAAGAGUUUCCAUUGCAUUUCCUGGUGUGGAACAAUCAGUAUCAGGAGCUCGACCAGGCGAUGCAAAAAGCAGAGCAGGAUUUGGAACGAGUGGAUCCGAGGGGGCGCACCCCACUGGAGCUCGCUGUGUCCCUGGGCCACUUGGAGUCCACCCGAGUGCUGCUCAGAUACACAGCAGACCCAACACACUGCAACGCACAAGGCUGGACAAUUUUGCAGGAGGCUGUGAGCACUGGAGAUCCUGAGCUGGUUCAACUGGUGCUUCAAUACAGAGACUUCAAGCGGGCGACUGAGCGGCUGGCCGGAAUUCCGGAGCUUCUGAGUAAACUUAGACAGGCGCGUGACUUCUAUGUGGAGAUGAAGUGGGAGUUUACCAGUUGGGUGCCUUUGGUGUCCAAGGUCUGCCCCAGUGACGUGUAUCGGGUGUGGAAGAGUGGCUCGUGUCUCCGCGUAGACACAACCCUCCUGGGUUUUGAACACAUGACCUGGCUGAAAGGACGACGGAGCUACAUUUUUAAGGGUGGAGACAAUGGGGCGGUAGUCAUGGAGGUGGACCAUGACAAGCAGGUGGUGUACACGGAGCCGCUCGUCUUGUCUCCACGCGAUGCGCCGUCCCUGCUGGCCGCCAUGCAGCCAUCGCAAGAGAACACUGCGCAGAGACUCACAUCGCCCAUCGUCUCCACGCACCUCAACACGCGCAACAUUGCCUUUGAGCGGAACAAGUCUGGCAUAUGGGGCUGGCGUUCUGAGAAGAGUGAAAUGGUCAGUGGAUAUGAAGCCAAGGUUUACAGUGCAACCAAUGUGGAGCUGGUAACUCGGUCAAGAACAGAGCAUUUAUCAGACCAGGAUAAAUCCCGGAGCAAAGGCUCCAAAACUCCUCUGCAGUCCUUCCUGGGAAUAGCUGAACAGCACACCGCUCACAAUGGGAGUAAUGUGUCCCAGUGCGCCAGUCCACAUAAUCCCACAGCCAUCACGGCUGAAGAAUACUUCAAUCCAGAGUUCAACCUCAAUGGCCGGGACAUUGGACGUCCCAUCGAGCUCACCAGCAAAGUGCAGAGGUUCAAGGCAAAUCUGUGGUUGAGUGAGACCCACCCGCUGUCGUUGGCCGAACAGGUGACGCCCAUCAUUGACCUCAUGGCCAUCUCCAAUGCUCACUUUGCUAAGCUGCGUGACUUCAUCACCUUACGCUUGCCUCCAGGUUUUCCAGUCAAAAUAGAGAUUCCGCUGUUUCACGUGCUGAAUGCCAGAGUGACCUUCAGUAACUUGUGCGGCUGUGACGAGCCUGUGAGCUCAGUGACGGUUCACAAACCGGAGAGCUCAGAAGAAGCAGGGCAGUCGGCCGCUCCCUUCCACUGCGAGGUGGACCCCUCGGUGUUUGAGCCCCCGGCAGACUACACAACCCUCGGACCAGGGCGCAGCGAGCCGAUGAGAGACGAGGAUGACAACCUGCUGCAAUUCGCCAUCCAGCAGAGCCUUUUGGACGCUGGCACGGAGAGCGACCAGGUAACCAUCUGGGAGGCUCUGACCAACAGUCGUCCACGACCUCAGUCACCCCUUUAUGAGGAAGAUACUCAGCUGGAGAGGGCCAUUCAAGAGUCUUUGUCCAUCUCGUUGGCUAGCAGAGAAGGAGUAGAUGAUGCGGAGGACCCCAGCCAGCCUCCAACAGACUCCCCAUUGAACCCCGCCCCCAAUUACCCUCUCUCUUACAAUACAGCGACCGAGCCGCCGUUAUCGGGACCCUUUGGUGGAGCGAGCAGCUUCGAUGAGCAGUUGCGCAUUGCCAUGGAGCUGUCGUGCCGUGAGCAAGAGGAGAUAGACAGGAAGCGUAAAGAGGAAGAAGAGGAGCUCGAGAGGAUCCUGCAACUAUCACUCACUGAAAAGUAGUAUCAUUUUAAUGCAGAGGCAGGUCUUCAUUGGGGGACGCAAACUCCUAAUUUAUUCUGGUUUUAUUUUUAAACCCAGAGAUAGUAAGUUAUUCCAGAUGUAUUAUUUAUUCCUUUACCUGAUUACUGUCCCUAAAAAGUGUGAACAAGAGUGAGUGACACAAAGGGCCCUGUUUUCGUUCCGGGCGCAAGUCUAGUGCAGAGCGCAGUCUCACUGCACAUGGGUGGAGUUUUCUUUCUUUUGGUAUUUCGCUAGACCUUACGCUGGUAGAAUUGGGUGUACCGAGGGCCUUUUGUGCCUUUGUGGGACGGAAGUAGACUUUUCACUGCAAAUCCUGCCAUGUCCCUCUAUUGUAUCAAAAUUAGCACGGUCGAAGUGCAAAUCCGAGUCUGCCGUGCCUGACAUUGCAGUAACAAGCAGACCUGCUUUUUUUAGGCUCGAAUUUAGAUUGAAUUUAUCUCAGCCUUUUUUUACCGAAUUAGAAGCUGCGCUGGUGGGUGAGGCAGAAACAUCCAGAGAGGCAUGGUGCGUCUACCAAAUUCACGAAUACGCCGAACUAAACAAAAAUGAAGAUGCAUCUACUUUUUAAGCUAAGCGCAGACUACUUUCUGUCACCAAAUUAGCAGGUGAGUCAGCGGCGAAGCUGCUUUAUCCGUCAGCACACCCAGAUGAGCGCAGCACAGCCCCAAAUACGCUAGACAAGACUUGCACUGGCAUGAAAAUGAAGUUACGCCCAUUUUUACACCGAACCGAGCGCAUGGGCCUCAGUUUAGCUAAAUAGGGCCCACAAUGUGCAAAUUAAUACUCUGAUUGACAGCAAUGUCAAAGGAAAAGAAAGGGAGUUUUUUUAAAAUUAUAAUUCUAUAUUUCGCUGAGUCUUGCUGUCUUUAAAGAACGAUGAAUGGUCUUAAUUCUUUAAACCUACAGUAUAAUGAUCCAUGGUACUGAUCAAGAAAACCAUAAUAAAACAGCAUAUACAAAGAGAACCUUUGAAACAUUUGUUGACUUGCUCAUGUUUGUGUGGAAAAAUGAAAUAUUAAAAAAAAAGAUC